AUGCGAGCCGGUCGCACAGCUGCCGUGGACACUAUGGGAUGCGACCAGGCGCAGAUUGCUGAAACGGACCCGAAGAGCAAGCGCCUAACCACACUUGUCUCUUUGAUGCUGUCCUCUCAGACGAAGGACGAAGUCACUGACGCGGCGGUCAAGGCUCUAAGAGCUGCGCUCGGUGGCUCUUUGAGCCUGGACGCCUUACUCAAUGCGAAAGCUAGUACUAUAUCCUCUGCGAUACAGAAAGUCGGCUUCUGGCGUAGAAAGACUGACUACAUCAUGCGUACAGCCGUGAUGUUGCGUGACCGCUUUGACUCGGACGUGCCCAAAGACAUAGACGAUCUCUGUUCUUUGCCUGGAGUUGGACCGAAGAUGGGCUUCUUGUGUCUACAAGCGGCCUGGAAUAUAAACAGCGGCAUUGGAGUCGACGUUCAUGUCGACAGGAUCACGAACCGCCUGGGAUGGCACAAACCGUCAACGCUGGGUCAUCCCGAGAAGACAAGGUUGAACCUCGAGUCUUGGCUGCCCUCUGAGUUGCACCACGAGAUCAAUCACUUGCUCGUCGGAUUCGGUCAAGAAAUAUGCCAGCCGGUUCGGCCCCGGUGCGACGAAUGUACGCUGAGCAAGACCGGUUUAUGUCCGAGCGCAGAGACCGUGACCAAGUCUGAAACCCGCAAAAAGACGGUUGUCAAAACUCCUUCGGCGAAGAUCGAGAUUGAGUACGAGAAGGCGUCAAUCGUCAACGAGCCUCCGUCAGAGUAG